GUAUCGAAAUGUAGGUUUGCGUCAUGCAGCGUAAAGUUGUUUGUAUUGAAAUACGGAAGUAGUAUCAGCAGGAAGAUUUUAAGUGACGGACCAGUUUCCUGUACAGCAUGAAGAAGGAGCAGGUUGUUAACUGUCAGUUUUCGGCUUGGUAUCCGAUUUUCAAGAAACAUACGAUAAAAAGUUUAAUUCUUCCAUUGCCUCAGAAUGUAAUCGACUAUUUACUGGACGAUGGGACGCUGGUGGUUUCUGGGAGUGAUCAGAACUCGCAGACGAGACACGCUGACAACAGCGACUCAGAGGAGCAGGAGGAUGUCCAGUGGUCGGAUGAUGAAACAACCACAACAGUGACUGCUCCAGAGUUCCCAGAAUUCACCUCCAAAGUGCUGGAGGCCAUAAACUCGCUGGGCGGACGAGUCUUCCCCAAACUCAACUGGAGCGCUCCGCGGGACGCAAAUUGGAUCGCUCUGAACAGCUCGCUGCAGUGCGGCAGCCUGGCCGACAUUUUCCUGCUCUUCAAAAGCUCCGACUUCAUCACCCACGACCUCACGCAGCCAUUCCUUCAGUGCAGCGACCAGGACUCCCCCGAUCCAAUCAUCAAAUAUGAGCUGGUGUUGAGGAAGUGGAGCGAGCUGAUUCCUGGAGGAGAGUUUCGCUGCUUCGUCAAAGAGAACGAGCUAAUCGCCAUUUCCCAGAGAGACUACACCCAGUAUUACCCUCACAUCCUGAAGCAGGAGGAGCAGGUCUCUCAGGCCAUACAGGACUUCUUCAGCCAGAACAUCCAGUACCACUUCCUGGAUGAAGACUUUGUGUUCGAUGUUUACAGGGACAGCCAGGGGAAGGUUUGGCUCAUCGACCUCAACCCUUUUGGAGAGGUGACGGACUCGCUGCUCUUCACCUGGGACGAGCUGACGUCUGGCGGAGAAGUGGCCCAGCAGCAGCAGGAAGGUCCGACGUUCCGCUUCACGACCAGCGAGGUGACGGUGCAGCCCAGUCCCUGUCUGAGCUACAGGAUCCCACGAGACUUUGUUGACCUUUCCACCGGAGAGGACGCCUACAAACUCAUCGAUUUUCUCAAACUGACUAAAAACCAACAGGAAGAUUCCGAGGAGGAGGAGGAAGAGGAGGGAGAUAUUCCACCAUGACAUCAUCUGCAUAUAAUGCCACAUGCAUGAAAGGACUCCACCUUUUUGUGUUUGGAACGCCCUCCUCUGAACUGGUGGCACUCGGAUUCAUUCAUGAGGCUCCAAAUGAGACGCGUUUAGGAUCCUCCCGUUGUCCUCCCUGUCUGUGACGCUGCAGCAGAGGCCUCUGCAGGGUUGAUUUUUUAGUUGUUCCAAGAUGUUCUCCACUGAAAGGUUUUCCUUCCUUUUAUACAUUAAAAUCCUGUGUUGUGUUAA